AUGUACAAUAUUAUAAUAAAUCUUUUUGUACUUCUAUUUUCAGUUUAUAAACAUGCUGGGAGUCUUGUGGUAACAGAUAUUUAUGUUCCGGAAAUAAUAGAUUUUCGUGAUAAUGUCACACUAACAUGUAGCUAUGAUAUGGAUGGACACACAUUGAAUUCAGUAAAAUGGUACAAAGAUGAAAAGGAGUUCUUCAGAUACUCACCAAUGAUGCAUCCGGUAUAUUUAAAAUUUCCUGUAGAUGGCGUUCAUGUAUCUGAUAACAGUGACAUCUGCACGGAAACAACAUGUCGAGUUGAACUGAGUUUGCUAAGCAAAAAGUCAUCCGGUGUUUAUAGAUGUGAAGUAUCAGAGGAUGCACCACAUUUUAAAUUAACUACGAAAUCUGCUAAUAUGACUGUUGCAGCUUUGUGA